AUUCCUCACCUGUCCCAGUAGUAACCCGCAUUCCGUUUUCCGCAGACAGGUGAUUGACUAGCUGAGGCCACAUUAAAAUUCAGCAAAGAGAAGGGACGCUCUGCGAUGCCACUUUGUUUCCUUUUGGCUCGAAGAGACAUGCAUCGUUCUCCACAGCACCGGUAGUGGGAAAUACGAACUGAAGCCAGGAUGAACGAGAUGAACCUGAGUCCCGUGGGGAUGGAUCAGCUGAGCGUGCCCUCGGUGAGCGCGAGCCACCUCGGCCUCCCCGCCUCCCCCACGCACAACUCCAUCACAUCAGCAGGCAUGCCAGCAGUGGCCAUCCCGAGCUUGGCGUCAUCUCUGGGGCCGUUGCCGUCGGCGCUGUCCCUCAUGUUGCCCAUGGCGCCGCUGGCCGAGCGCAACUACCCCCUGCCCCCGCCCCCCUACCCCCAUCUGGAGAGCAGCUACUUCAGGCACAUCCUACCAGGUAUCCUAUCGUACCUGGCGGACCGUCCCCCGCCCCAGUACAUCCACCCGAGCAGCCUUGGCAUGGACGCAGCUCUGUCAGCGGCCAGCAGCGGCCCCCCAGGCCUGGACCCGUAUGGGGGGGGUGCGGGGGGGGGUCUGGAGCCGUUGGGGAUGGUGGGGGUGGGCGGUCUGGACGCGGACUCUCGGCAGGUGGGGGGGCAGGGCGAGCAUGAGGUGCAGGUGUCGCUGGACGGGAGCCUGGGGGGGGCCAUGGAGUCGCGGGGCAGCAGUCCUGGGGGGCCGCUAGGCGGCAUGGAGGGGGGGCGGGGGGGUGUUGGGGUGAUGCCCCUGGAGUUGCCCCCUGCGGUGCUGGAGCAGGAGCAUAUGGGGGGGGACCGCGGGGGUGGGGGGGAAGUGCUGCACCCGUCGGCUGAGCUCGGCGGGGGGGUGGUGAGCGUGGUGCUGACGGGGUCGGCCACGCUGGGCAUCGGGCUGGAGCAGGUGACCCCAGAGGUGACCCUCGGACCAGAGAGCGGCCUCGUGCUGGUCAACAACACGCUGCAGCUCGACGACUCCACCUCCAACAAGGAGAACAUGGCGACCGCAUACAACAUCUGGUGUACCCUGUGUGACCGCUCCUACCCCUCGGACUGUCCCGAGCACGGCCCUGUGACGUUUAUCCCGGACACGCCCAUCCUCACCAGAGCCCGCCUCUCCUUGCCCCGCCCACUCUGCCUGCGCGUGUCAGUGGCCGACGAGCCAAUCGGUGUGUUUGCACGGGAGAAUGUUCCGGUCAGAACGUGCUUCGGGCCGCUGGUUGGGCAGCACUGUGGCAGCGUGGAGCUGAGUGCCUGGACAGACAAGGACACACCCCACAUCUGGAAGAUUUUCCAUGACAACCUGCAGGAGUUCUGCAUCGUCACUACAGAUGAGAACGAGUGCAACUGGAUGAUGUUCGUCCGCAAGGCCAGAACCACGGAGGAACAGAACUUGGUGGCGUACACGGACAACAGGAAGCUUUAUUUCUGCGUCUCCAGAGAGAUCGUCCCAGAGCAGGAGUUGCUGUUCUACUAUAGCAGUGACUACUGCAGGCAGAUGGGUGUUGCCAUGGUACCUGAGGGGCAGGUGUGCCACUGUGGGAAGGAAUGCUCCUCCUUCUCUGACCUCAAGGCUCACUUAUUAAGCCACGCCCCCAGCCCCGCCCCCCAGGAGCACCAUGCGUCUCACUCCGCCCACGAGCACACCAGCCAAUCAGCAGGCAAGCUGAACUCAGGCUCCGCCUCUUCCUCCCCCUGGCCGUGUCACGGAGGCCACACUAGCGGAGGAGGCGGGGCUAGCGGAGGAGGCGGGGCUAGCGGAGGAGGCGGGGCUAGUGGAGGCGGGGCUAGCGGAGGAGGUUCAGGGCGAUCCAGGAAGUUCAAGUGCAGCAUGUGUGCGCGCGCCUUCACCACGUCCACCAAACUCAACACUCACUUUAUGGGCCAUGUGGGCAUGAAGCCACACAAGUGUGAAUACUGUAGCAAGGCCUUCAGCGACCCCAGCAACCUCAGGAUGCACCUCAAAAUACACACAGGUCAGAAGAACUACCGCUGCAGUGUGUGUGAGAAGUCGUUCACCCAGAAGGCUCACGUGGCCUCACACAUGGUCAUCCACACGGGCGCCCGCAACCUCAAGUGUGACCACUGCGACAGACUCUUCAUGCGCAAGCAGGACCUCAAGCAGCACCUCCUCACACACACACAAGACAGCCAGAUCCGCUGCCCCAAGUGUGACAAGCGCUUCCUGAAAACCAACCACCUGAAGAAGCACCUCAACUCCCACGAGGGUCGCCGUGACUACAUCUGCGAGAAGUGCAGCAAGGCCUUCCUCACCAAGUACCACCUGACCCGACACCUCAAGAUCUGCAAGGGCCCGCAGAUGAGCCGGGGGGGGCCGGGGAGGGUGGGGAGGGGCGAGGAAGAGGAGGAUGAGGAGGAGGAAGAUGAGGAGGAGGAGGAGGAAGAGGAGGAAGCAGCUGAGGGACCAGACGACGCUGCUGCUGCCUCACAGGACUGCUGACUCGAGGAGGAG